AUGCGGAGACUAUUAAUACUUGCGUUGGGAGUGGUCAUUGCUAUUGCUACGCCUAGUCCACUGCUUGAACUUACGAAGACUCGAGGAUUUGGCUACGUACGCAGUCCGGAUCGCUCUGUGUCGCUCACGUCGCCCCGUCCACAUGACUAUCUCGAUGUAUCAAAAUUACCCAAAAAUUUUGACUGGCGUAAUGUUAACGGGACUCGUUAUGUGAGCAUCUCGCGCAAUCAGCAUAUCCCGCACUACUGCGGCUCGUGCUGGUCGUUCGCGGCCACAUCAGCUCUAGCAGAUCGUAUUCUCAUCGCAAAGGGACGUAAUCCAGGCAAUAGGUCGCAGGUUGACGUGCAUAGAGAGGUAGUGCUGUCUCCUCAAGUGAUUCUCAACUGUGAUAAGAAAGACAAUGGCUGUCAUGGCGGUGAUCAAAUAGAGGCAUAUCGCUACAUCAUGGCAAAUGGAGUUCCUGAAGAAGGAUGUCAACGCUAUGCCGCUACGGGGCAUGAUACAGGCAACACAUGCACGGAUAUGGACGUGUGUGAAAACUGUUUACCACUUAAAGGUUGUUUCCCGCAGAAGACGUACGACAAGUAUUAUGUUUCAGAGGUCGGUACUACCUUAGGCGAGCAGCAGAUGAUGGCAGAAAUUUACGCGCGUGGGCCAAUUGCAUGCAGUGUCGCAGUUACUGACGGGUUCCUGAAGUACACUGGAGGUAUUUUCGAUGAUAAGACCAACGCGACAGAUGUGGAUCACGCCAUUUCGAUCGUUGGAUGGGGAGAAGAGCAUGGUGUGCCCUUUUGGGUUUUACGUAACAGUUGGGGGACUUUUUGGGGCGAACAUGGCUGGAUGCGACUUGUUCGAGGAGUUAACAAUGUGGGAGUUGAAGGAGAGUGCGCAUUUGGAGUUCCUAAAGACGACGGAUGGCCAACUUCAGUUAUAAUUGAGGAUUCUUUGAUUGAAAAAGCCAUUGAAGAACCGAAAGAAGAUGCGUCGUCUGGUUCAAAGUGGGAUGGGUGUCGUCAGAAGCUGCAUUUUGCUGGUGGGGAGCGCGUUAUCUCACCGCUGCCGCAUGACACGAUGGAUAUACGUGAUUUACCACAAAAUUGGGAUUGGCGAGAUGUAAAUGGAACAAAUUACGUCACAUGGGACAAGAAUCAACAUAUCCCACACUACUGUGGCAGUUGCUGGGCACAGGGUACAACCAGCGCGCUUUCGGAUCGUAUUUCUAUUCUCAGAAAUGCAAAAUGGCCGGAAAUUGCAUUGUCGCCACAAGUACUUAUCAAUUGCCACGCUGGUGGCACUUGCAAUGGUGGAAACCCUGGACUCGUGUACGAAUAUGCAUAUCGUCAUGGAAUUCCUGAUCAAACGUGCCAGGCAUAUCAGGCCAAGAAUUUACAGUGCGAUCAGUUUGCAAUCUGCGAAACUUGCUGGCCGUCGAACAAGUCUUUCACACCUGGCGUGUGCGAGUCAAUUCCGAAAUUUGCUAAGUAUUACGUGUCCGAAUACGGUUCAGUAAGUGGUGCUGACCGCAUGAAGGCGGAGAUUUAUAAACGUGGCCCCGUUGGCUGUGGUGUGCACGCCACCACAAAGUUUGAAUCAUACACCGGCGGUAUCUACUCGGAGCACGUCAUGUUUCCCUUGAUAAACCACGAAAUCUCAGUAGCCGGUUGGGGAUAUGAUGAAGAAUCUGACACUGAAUACUGGAUUGGACGGAACUCGUGGGGAACGUACUGGGGUGAGAAUGGCUGGUUUCGCAUCGAAAUGCACCACAACAACCUCGGCAUUGAGCAGGAAUGUGAUUGGGGUGUGCCCCUCCCGGAUGGCUCGAAACCUAAUGAGUUUGACAUUGAUUUUCAAGGUUACAAAGCUGAUAUAAGCACCACAGCAAAGCUUUUGCACUUUGGCGAGAAUGCGAUGUGA